AGAUGGCAGCUGCCUGUAACAGGCGUGUUGCUUGCAUGGCAAAUACAUUUAUCUAGUUUUUUGUAGAUUAAAAUACAUAGGGAAAAUUAUUAAAUGUUUUGGAAAUUUUGGUAUUGCUAGUUAUUCGUUUUUCCAUCACUUACAGUUGCGCAGCAAGAACGCAUCAGUGAAGGUUUGGCAGGGGAACACCGUUAGCUAGCUUAGCUGUAUUCCCUGUACUGAGAGCAUUAGUCCGGGUGAAAUAGUCAGCUAUGGCUGCCUCAACAUUAUUCGUUCGGGGUUUGCCAGCUUCAGCAAACAAUGAGCGUUUGGAGGAGGUAUUUUCUGAAAUUGGACCAUUGAAGCACUGUUUUGUUGUAAAAGAAAAGGGCGCUGAUAAAUGUCGUGGGUUUGGAUAUGUGACCUUCGCUAUGGAGGAGGAUUCUCAGAAGGCGCUAAAGGAGAUUAAAGAAUACGAUGGAAAGAAAAUAUCAGUGGUUGUGGCAAAGAAGAAACAGAACGACAAGAAGAAAACAGCACCCAAACCAGAACCCAAACCAGAACCCAAGGAGCAGCCUCCUGUUGAGAAGAAGCCAAAGGUUUUGACUUACCAGAAGAAGGCCAGACUGAUCAUACGGAAUCUCAGUUUUAAGUGUUCUGAAGAGGACCUGAGGCAGGUGUUCUCUGCAUUUGGCACGGUUCUAGAUGUUAACAUUCCUCUGAAACCAGAUGGGAAGAUGCGGGGCUUCGCCUUCGUCCAGCUGAAGAACGUCCUCCAGGCAGGAAAAGCUCUGAAAGCCACAAACCUGAAAGAGAUCAAAGGUAGGCAGGUGGCGGUAGACUGGGCCAUCGCUAAGGACAAGUACGUCUCCACUCAGCCCACGUCCUCCUCAGGAAAUGCCAAACAGCCAGAAGAAGUGGCAAAGGAGGCUGAGGAAGACUCUGAAGAGGAGGAAGAGGUGCCUGAAAAGCCAGGCAACAAGACAGUGGCACAGAAAGUUCAGGGCAGCACCAAGGCCGUGAAACAGGAAGUCAAGCACAGCACCAAGAUGGUGAAACAGGAAGUCAAGCACAGCACCAAGGCAGUGGAAAAAGACAUGGAGUCUGACAGUGACAGUGAGGAAGAUGAAGAUGAAGACGAAGAUGAAGACUCCGAAGACAGUGAUGCCGGAUCUGAUGAUGAUGAUGAUGAUGAUGAUGAUGAUGAUGACGAUGACGAUGACGACGAUGACGACGAUGAUAAUGACGAACCUCCCGCCAAGAAGAAGCUGUUGCCAUCAGAUGUCCAGGAGGGAAAGACUCUGUUUAUCAGAAACCUCUCCUUCGACACCGAGGAGGAGGGAUUAGAGGAGGUUCUGCUGCAGUUUGGGGAACUGAAGUACAUCCGUGUGGUCCUGCACCCUGACACUGAGCACUCCAAAGGUUGUGCUUUUGCUCAGUUCAAGAUGAAGGAGGCUGCAGAUCGGUGCCUUGCUGCUGCUCAGGAUGAGUCUGAGAGCGGGGGUGUAAGGGUUGACGGACGGAAGCUGAACAUUGUGCUGGCUGUCAGUCGGGAGGACGCUGUGAAGCUGAAGGAUAAGAAAGUGAAGGUCCAGACAGGAACCAGGAACCUUUACCUCGCCAGAGAAGGCUUGAUCCGUUCGGGAACCCAAGCUGCAGAGGGCGUACCGGCAACUGACAUGGCUAAAAGAUCUAGGUUUGAGGAGCUGAAGAGGGUGAAGUUGCGGGACAUAAACGUGUUUGUGUCGAAGACGCGACUGUGUGUCCACAACCUGCCUAAAUCGGUGGAUGUGAAGAAACUGCGUAUGAUGUGUCUGAAGGCUGCUGGUGGAGGGAAAGGUGUACGCAUCACCGAGUGCCGUGUGAUGUAUGACAGAAAACCUGAGGGAGGGCAGAUUUUGGGGCGCUCGUUGGGGUAUGGCUUCGUUCAGUUUCAGGAACACGAGCACGCCCUCAACACACUGCGGCACCUCAACAACAACCCAGAAAUCUUCGGCCCGCAGAAGAGACCCAUAGUGGAGUUCUCUCUUGAAGACGGUCGGAAGCUGAAGAUGAAAGAGAUGCGCUCACAGAAGCACACGCAGCGUUUGAAAAAGGGUGGACCCCAGGGUGUGGCCCCAGGCGGGGCAGGGCCUCCGCAGAAGAGAGGGGGUGGAGUUUUUAAGGAAGCAGCCCCUCAGAGCGGAGCCAGAGGUCCUCAGGGCGGAGCCAAUGGUCCUCAGGGCGGAGCCAAUGGUCCUCAGGGCGGAGCCAAGGGUCCUCAGGGCGGAGCCAAGGGUCCUCAGGGCGGAGCCAAGGGUCCUCAGGGCGGAGCCAAUGUUCCUCAGGGCGGAGCCAAUGGUCCUCAGGGCGGAGCCAAUGGUCCUCAGGGCGGAGCCAAGGGUCCUCAGGGCGGAGCCAAGGGUCCUCAGGGCGGAGCCAAGGGUCCUCAGGGCGGAGCCAGGGGUCCUCAGGGGUCGAAAACGUUCUCAGGGUUCAGGACCAACCCAGAGGUGGAGGAGGUGGAACUAGCUGAUGGAAAGAAACGCAAGAAAAUCCUGCUCUUCCCCUCACACCGAGGGCCUAAGAUCAGGGAACGGAACCGGGGUAAAGCUCAGCCAGUGGCCCCCAAGAGGAGUGGGGGCCGGCCCAGCAGGAAGGAGCGAAAAGUUGGCCUCUCUGUGCAGAAACCGACACAGCCCCAAAAACGGGCUGCCAAGAUGCCCAAGAAGAGGGUGAGAAAUAAUGAGGACCAGCGGUUUGACAGUCUGGUGGAGCAGUACAAGAAGAGGAUUCUCGGAAAUCCCAAAGCACCAGCGGUUAAGAAGAGCAAGUGGUUCAACAGCUGAUUCCUCAUUCUCGUGUGUGUGUGACUGUCUGUGUGUUCGACUGCGUGUGUAUGUGCCAUUGAUUUGAAAAGAUCAGUAGCUGUGAUAGGCUGUGGUGUCCGUUUUUACAUUUUAUAGAUAAACACAUACAUGUGGAAAGUGUUUGUACAGGUGCCACAUUUUAGAAAUGGUUUGAAAUGAACCAGGCUCACUUUGUUUUUGAAAUGUUUCUACUUUACUAGGAAUACUUCAGUACAAACUGGUAUUUUUACUUCUGAACUUUAUGUUGUUAUAUUUCAUAUUUAAAAAAAACAAAAAAGCAAAUUAAACUGUGCUUCAGAAUAAUAAACGGCUAUUCCAACAGUGA